AAAGAGAGAGUUAGCAUAACUACAACUACCAAGAAUUACCUACAGCCCUCUAAACACUGAACCACAGGCUGCUGUCACUGACUGACACUCCAAAUAAGGAAGAGAACAACAACCUCGGAGUAAAAAUGAAGUUCCUGCUUUUAUUAAUGGCUGUAUUGCAACACAUCUUCAGUCUGGAAGCUGCUCUUAGAAUAACAAGCUCAGAACUGUACGGUUAUGAAUAUGUGGAAGAAGGGUGUGGCUGUUUGAAUGGAGGACAGUGUUUUAAAGUCAAGUAUAACCAAAGAAAAUUGCGCUGCAAAUGCCCCAGAGGCUACAAAGGAAGAACUUGUGAAUUCGACUCAUUAGUCACUUGCUAUAAUGGCAAUGGAGCAGACUACAGGGGCACAGUGUCUAAGACUGAAUCAGGAAAUCAAUGUCUUGACUGGGACCCACUGGCUGUUCAAUUUGGACUUGGCAAUCACAACUACUGCAGGAAUCCUGACAACAGCAAGAAGCCCUGGUGCUAUGUGAAAAAAGGUCACAGAUUAGUAAAGGAAUCUUGUAAUGUUCCAGCUUGUGCACAAGAGCUAACACCCACUUGUGGCCUGAGGGACAGAAAACUGUAUAAGAUUGUAGGUGGAGAAAUCGCAACAAUCGAUUCUCACCCCUGGAUAGCGUCCAUCUUCUACAGAUCAAGACGUAGAGAGAUUUUCCGGUGUGGUGGGAGUCUGAUUAGUCCCUGCUGGGUUCUGACGGCAGCACACUGUUUCCCAGAGGGUCAUAAUACAAAACAUGGUCAAUACUCCGUCUAUUUGGGAAAGGAUGCUCUCAAUGCCACUGACUUUCUUAAAGAACAGAAAUUUGAUGUUGAAAAUGUUAUUCUUCACCAUGGGUUUGAUAAUAGCCAUGGAAGUUUCAACAGUGACAUAGCACUGGUGAAACUAAGUGGACAGUGUGCUGUGGAGUCCAGUUCUGUGAAAACUGUCUGCCUUCCCCCAACAAACCAGAUGUUGCCCCAAGGCUCUUACUGUGAGAUUGCUGGAUAUGGAAGGGAGGCCCAAUCUUUGUGGUACUUUUCCCAACAUCUGAGAGAAGCGACAGUUCAACUGAUUCAUCAGAAUACCUGCAAAAGCACACAGUACUAUGGGUCUCAGGUAACAGACAACAUGUUCUGUGCUGGCCACCCUGAAUGGAAAGUGGAUUCUUGCAAGGGUGAUUCAGGCGGCCCCUUGGUCUGUGAUGUCUAUGGAAAGAUGUUUCUCUUUGGAAUCGUCAGCUGGGGAGAAGGCUGUGCAAAGGCUUACAGGCCGGGCGUCUACACACGGGUUACAAACUACAACCAGUGGAUUGCUGACAACACUGGGAUAAUGGCUUUGAGUGAAGGACUCAUGUACCCUGAGAAAUGAUUCUGAUGCCUAGUACUUCUGCAAAAUUACUGUGUCCAGAAUACUGCAUCAUUACUGGUAUAUUUUUGUAAGGGCGUGACAGGUGCAUUCCACAGAUCAGGUUUUACUACUAAAACCUUAUUAUAUUCCACUCUGUGUGCUACUAAGAAGAAAGUUUAAAAAGUAAUAAUGGCAUUUUGGGAGUCAAUACACACGAAGGUAUAUUUUCUGCUGAGAGAACAAAACUUUAAAAAUCUCAAGCAGAUCCACGAUUCAUCCACUGAAGGCCAUAUGGACCAAUAUACACGGUUCUGUGAAAUGACUUACAUUUAAUGUCGGCUUCUUGUCAUUAUUCUUUAAUUGUUUAUUUAAUUAUUAUUAUUGAUCAUUUGGGAACAUGGCUAGUGGUUUCUUUUGAGUUAGCAUUUACCAUGUCCAGUUUACCAUGUCCAGUUCUUUUAAAAUCAAAAUAUUUUUAAUGGCUAUUUAAAAAAAAAAAAAAAACAUUUGGGUAAUAAUUAUAUUUUUAUGAUUAUAUAAGGAUUUAUUCAGCUAUUUUAGAUUUGUAUGUGUUAUUUAUCUGAUGAAUAAAAAAUUAAUGAACAUUUCCAUUGAUUAAAAACAUUGGAAAAAGCAGGCUCUGUAUUGGCUCCAACCCAUGUAGCAAUUAGUUACAUAUACUGUGACUAGUCUUGCCAUUUCACUAGCUUUACAUUUUAUGGUUAAUGUCAAUGAAAAUGCUCUUUUAUUUAUUCCAGUGAUUUCAAGCUUGUAAUUAAUAAAGAAUGGUAAUUUGAAAAUGAUACAUUGUAUGUUAAAGAAAAGGUUUCCAAAUGUUUUGUAUAAUAUUUAAAAAAAGAAAUUGUGAAACAGCAAACAGUGAAUUCAUUUUGUUAUUGGGAAUCUAAAAAAAAAAUGUACUGCAAUGCAUGGAGCAAAAAUAUCUCUAAACAAAUUGUAUUCACAGUAUAGAAAUUACACAAGAGUAGAAGGUACAAAGUGGCAUAUCUACUUUGUUUCUUUUUCUGUUUGCUUAUUUUAUAUAAAACAAAAUCUUUGAAAACUAUGAGAAAUGUCAAGAGGGCAGAACACGUUAUUUUUUAAGUUAAGCAAGUUAUUUAUACAGGAGUUCAACUUAAAUCCUUUUAAAAAGCUCAAACAAUGCACAACAAUAAACAAUAUGAUGUCAAAGAAGGUCGUUGUCAUACACAUUAUCCACUGGACAAUAAUUUAAACUGUUUUUUUUCUGUUAUGCAUUUUUGUUAAACUGAUGAGGGCUGGAACCUCCAUAUUUAUUUAUUUCUGUACCACUGCAUUGUGUGUUUUAUAAUGUUAAAUUGUUUUUUGUUGCUUGCUAUUAUUUUUUAACCCACAAUAAAGACUGUUCAGUAAUUUCUUUUGUGUAUUAACUUUGACCCUCUAUUGUUCCUGAAUACAAUUGGAAUUUAGAGUUA